AUGGUCAGAAACAUCGUUGUUCUCGGCGGUAACUCGCACCCGCAGCUUGUCGACAACAUAUGCAAUAUUCUUGGCGUCCCCCACUGCAAUCGUAUCCUGACAAAAUUCUCUGGUGGUGAGACGAGGUGCGAAAUACAAGACAGUGUCCGUGGCAAAGAUGUCUACAUUAUCCAGACGGGCUCUGGCCACGUCAACGAUCACCUAAUAGAGCUCUGCAUCAUGAUCUCGGCAUGCAAAAUUGGAUCGGCCAAGCGAAUCACGGCCGUCAUCCCUCUGUUCCCCUACUCGAGACAGCCCGACGUACCCUACAAGAAGGCCGGUGCCCCCUCAUCCAAGCUGAACCGGGCCUACACCUUUGACAGCGUCCCUCCUACGCCCGCCGCUGGCCCCUCGAAAUCAUUUGGCGAUGCCAGCAACAGGCUCAACGGGAUCGAGAGCCUGGGUGAUCGCCUAGGCUCCACUAAAAUCUCCGAGAUUCCUGACGGAGACGAGACUGAGGCCCCACUACCAAUGAACAACAUUAAUGGGUUCCAAGCGCGUCCCGGGUACAAACAAUGGAUUGCCCAAGCUGGUACCUUGGUCGCCGACCUUCUAACUUGCUCGGGUGCCGAUCAUGUUAUCUCCGUGGAAUUGCAUGAUCCGCAAUACCAGGGUUUCCUCGACUGCCCUUUCGACAACCUUUACGGAAAGCCGACGCUCCAGCGAUAUAUCAAGGAGUCGAUUCCUGAGUGGAGGGAGGCAGUUAUUGUCAGUCCUGAUGCCGGAGGUGCCAAGAGGGCCACGGCGAUUGCCGACGCCUUGUGCUUAGACUUCUCCCUCAUCCACAAGGUAAAAAUGUCCUUCGGCUGCAGUAGCACCGCUUUCCCCAAACUUACCAGUGACUCUUUGCAGGAACGACGCCCCACCAAGUUUAGCGAGCGAAGCAUCGACGACAUUGUCGACACUGCCAACACAAUCACACGCGCGGCCAAGCUCCUAAAGAAGGAGGGUGCCCUCAAGAUCUACGCUUUGUUGACCCACGGCGUAAUGAGCGGAGAUGCCCUUAGUCGCAUCAACCGGUCUCCCAUUGACAAGAUGGUUGUCACCAACUCGGUGCCCCAGGAUGAACACCGCCGACUUUGCCCCAAGCUUGAAGUACUCGAUAUCUCGCACAUUCUAGCUGAAGCUAUCCGACGCUCCCACCACGGAGAGUCGAUCAGCGUACUUUUCCAAUACUGA